GCACUCAAAUCAGAUUUAAAGUACGCAAAUCCUUCUAGUUAAUAAGAAAACAGAAUAGUACAUUAAUCUGAUAUCUAUUAGUUUAUUAUUUGUUUCACUAACAACAAAUGUUAUCUCAAACUUCAUCAUUUUUUUUACAAUCAAUUGUGAUUUUUCUUAUUUUUAAUAUUAACAUAUUAUGGGCAUCAAGUACAAAUAAACUUUUUGGUGAUGUGAGAAACAUCACAGUAUAUGCUUUAGAAGAUGAAAAAUAUUUAAAUCAUUAUGACAUAUAUCAAUCUUUAAAAUUAAAUAUAUCUUGGUUACCACCAAAUGAGAAUAUGCAACCUUCCUCAUACAGUGUGACAGUAACAAGCAUGUCAAGUGAAAAAUCAAAUCUUGCAAUUUGUCCAAAAGGAAUACUGUCUUAUAUAACAAAAAAUAACAGUGAACUUAAUGUUUUACUACCACAGAGUGAGUUAUCAACUGGUGUACCAGAGUCUUAUAUUCGUCCAAGCUGCUCAUAUAAGAUAGAAGUUUAUGCUAAUCCAAGAAAAAAGCCAACAGGAACAGCACAAGAGAUAAUUUAUAAAGUCCCAGAAUGUGUAAGUCAUAAAUGUGAUUGCACAAAUAGAAAAUCUGUAUUACCAAUCCCUCGUGUAAAUGUGACUGUUAAUACAUGUCAAGUCAUAAUUACAUGGAGCAUAGAAACUAAUGAUACUCAUGUACAUUCCUACAAAGUUAGUAUAGGAAUUCCUCCUUUAAUAUCAAAAGCAAGAUUUCCUGUAUAUAAUAUUUCACAAAUAGGUAUUACCGAAGCAAAAACUAAUAUUUUUUUAUGGAAUUUAUAUAAUGGUUAUCAAUGUAAUGAAUUAAAAGACAAUUACAAAAUAUUUGUAACUGCAAUAGAUGAUCAUGGUUGCUUUGGUAAUCAUGGAAUAUUUACCAUCAAUUUAUCAGAUCAGAGUUCAUCAUUGCAAAACUAUUUUAUUAUAUUUGUACCUGUUACAUUGGUUAUCUGUAUAAUAUUCAGUUUGUUUAGUUUUAUUUUUUUUAAAAAGAAAAAACAAAAAUUCAUUUGGAGGAAAGGACAUACAUCACGAAUACAAGAAAUAGAUUCCAUUUCCAAGUGUAAAUCAAAUUGGGUGAAUUCUAUUCUUCGAAAACAUAAUAUGUUAUAUACUCAAUGCAAUACAGAGAUUAUACCAUAUAAACAUGAAACAAGUGAAUUUGAAAUCCCAUAUAAUUCUUUAAAAUUGACUUCUGAAUUGGGUGAAGGCCAAUUUAGUAAAGUUUAUCUUGGAUACAUAAAUAAUAAUGCAACACCAGUAGCAGUUAAGAUGUCAAGGUUAUCAAAUGAAUUAAAUAAACUAGAUAUGUACCGAGAAUUUAUGGAAGAGAUUGAAAUAAUGAUAAAAGCAGGACAACAUCCACAUUUAGUUAAUCUUAUAGGUUAUUCCAUUGUGCCAAAUAAAUCCGUAUAUAUAAUUUUAGAGUAUAUGAAAGGUGGUAAUUUAUUGGCAUAUUUGCAUUCAAUAAGAGAUAAGAAAACUGAAUCUGGAUUUAUACAAAAUAUUUUUAAUAAAUAUGGAUUUGGAUUUGGUUCUUUAGAAACAUUAUAUACAACAAUAAAUACAUUAUCUAUAUCUUCAACAUAUUCAAAAAAUGACAAAUUGAAAUUGCCUAGUUCAAGAUAUGUUAAUCUAGAGUGUUUUAAAAAAGAAGAAAAUGCCAUAAAUAUGCAGGCUGAAGUUGAAAGAAAUCAAUUUAUACAAUUUGCUCUUGACAUUGCAAAAGGAAUGGAGCAUUUGGAAUCUAAGGGUAUUAUUCAUAGAGAUCUUGCUGCAAGGAAUAUAUUACUUACUUCAAAUCUAUCUUUAAAGAUAUCUGAUUUUGGACUUUCUAGAAAUGGAAUCUAUACUAUAAAUGACAUGUCAAGCAAAAUAAGACAACUUCCAGUACGCUGGAUGUCUCCAGAAACUUUACAAGAUCGUAUAUUUUCUUCUAAGAGCGAUGUCUGGUCAUUUGCUGUAGUAUUGUGGGAGAUUGGUACUUUUGGAGCUUUUCCAUAUUCACAUGUACCAGAUAACAAAUUAUUAGAACAUAUAAUUAUUGAAAAACAAUGUUUAAGUCAACCAAAAAAUGUUCCUUGUGAUAUUUAUAAAAUAAUGCAAUAUUGUUGGGCAUUUCAACCAGAAAAUAGACCUACUUUUGCACAACUUGUAUUAGAUUUACAAGCUUUAAUAGGAUUCUUGCCUUUACAAAAUGCAAAAAAUAAUCCUUGUUACACAUUACUGUCUUAUUCUUAGAAUAUGUAAUAGCAAAACAAAAAUUGCUACUAUUAGUAAUGCAAAUAUAAAUAAAAAUUGUACUAAUAUUUUGACAUUAAACGAUAGAUAUUUAAAUAAAAGCAAGU